CAGAGCUGCUGGUGGGGGUGGAGGACCUGCUUGUUGCGCCCUUGGAAGACCCCGCUGCGACUAGCGAGGCCGGCAGUGCAGCCAGAAGCGGCGCCGACGCCACCACCACCGGAGCCCCGCAGGCCGCGGCUGCAAGCGGCAGCAGCAGCGAGGGCACCCCCUUGCGGACCCAGCAGGGCCGGGUGCUGGUGCUGUCUACCACCAGCCGGCCCACGGCGCUUGACAGCCUGCUGGUGGGCUGCCUGGGGCGCAACGAGAAGCUGCUGGUGGCUUCUCCAGACGCGGACCAGCGCGAGGCUUUCCUGGUUGGGCGGCUGAUUGCAGAGGGUGCCGCGCUGGGGGUGGAGCAGGUGGAUCGGCUGGUCAGGUAUGGCAGCCGGGGCGGCAUCGGG